ACAAAACCAUCAUCAUCUCUGAACUUUUGAUUCUACCCUAUAUAGCAAUCAUAUUUACAGCCAGCCAGCCUUUAUUUCCGUUGUGUUUUUUUAUUAAAGAAAAAAAAAAAACCCUGAUUUUUAGUUCGAUCGGUAUGGCUGAAGAGUGCCACAGCAAGAGCCAUGAGUACGUUGGUGAGGGUGAAGUUGAGACCAAGGAUCGAGGGUUGUUUGAUGUCUUGGGGAAGAAGGAAGAGAAGAAGCAGGAGGAGGUGAUCGUCUCUGAGUUUGACGAGAAGGUAAAGAUUGAAGAGGGAAAACCAGAGGAGGAAGGUAAAAAGAAGCACAGUUUCAUGGAGAAGCUUCGCCGCUCUGACAGCAGCUCCAGCUCUUCUAGCGAUGAGGAAGAAGGCGAAGGAGAUGAGAAGAAAAAGAAAAAGAAGGAAAAGAAGGGACUGAAAGAGAAGAUCAAGGAGAAGAUAGAGGGAGAAAAGAAAGAAGAGGAGAAGCAUGGGGAGGCCACCACAGUUGUUGUUGUUGAGAAGUAUGAGGAAGAAGUCCUCGUUAUUCCGACGCCCCCACCCCAUCCUGAAGAAAAGAAGUACGAGGAAGAAGUCGUCCCCACCGGUGCACCGCAUCCCGAAGAAAAGAAGUAUGAGGAAGAAGUUGUUAUCGCCGAGGCUGUAGUUGAAUCAACCCUUCCUGAAGAGAAGAAAGGCUUCCUUGAAAAGAUCAAGGAAAAGCUUCCUGGACACAAGAAACCUGAGGAGGUUCCUCCACCGCCACCCCCGAUGGAGUGUGCUCCGGUUUCCGAGGUUCACGGCGGUGAGGGAGCCGAGAAGAAGGGUAUUUUGGAGAAAAUCAAGGAAAAGCUUCCUGGGUACCAUCCCAAGGAAGAGAAGGAGAAAGAAAAGGAGUGUGAAUCCCAUUAAAAAUACAUUUAUAUGCCUGUAGAUGCAAUAUUUGGAUUGAAACUUUGGAAAUAAAGUGGCACUCAGUACACAUUACAGCAACCUUCUCUUUUACUUUCGGUUUCUGUGUUAAAAUGUCAAAUAUAUAGUGGUCACUGGU